GUGGCGGCGAGGUGUUUGACUUGACAGGUGGCAGGCGCGAGACGCUCCUCGCGGCUGUCUCUCUCGGUCCGUUGGUCCAUCCCGGUCCCCAUUGUCUCCCCUCCUCACUCCUCGAAGACAACCCCGAGACGACAAAACUAAACUUGGUCGCUAUCUCGCUCAUGUCGCCUUUCACGGGCCACGUUUGGAGACUUACCUCGACCUGAAAUUUCACCCCUCUGUCUCUCCCCUCUGUCCGAAAUUUGGACAUGCUCUCCUGUUUUGUUUUUGUUUUUUUCUAACAGUGUAGAAAUGUGUUAACGGGAGAAGGCAGCGAGGAAAACCGACGGACCGACCGACCGACUGACUGACGGACACACCGACCGACUGGGGCUGACAAAAAACGGCAUCUGUGUUGCGGACCCCUGAUGGAGACGUGAACCGGAGGACUCCUCAGCCAGAAGAGCCACCGAAACCAGCUUCCAGCGACUGUUGACACAUCACAACAACAAGCAGCACCUCUGUUUUUUUUUCUUCCUCCUCAGAUACAACAUUCAGGGAGAAAAAGAAGAAGUGAUAGUGGGGAUAAGAGGCGAUAAAAGGAGAUUCAAAGAAAAAAAAGAAGUGUUUGGUGAAGGAUGUUGCCGCUACAUGUCCGGUACUUCCCCUGAGAGGAGAGGAGAAGAGAAGAGGAGAGGAGAAGAGAGGAGCUCGCCUGUGAACAGAGGCAGGGACUACUUUCACUUGUUUUCUCCACCCUAAAACAAAUUAGGCUGCUUCAGUCAGACACAUGCGAGUGGCGUUUAAUCGGAUUAUCAGAGGAGAGAUUUAAUCUGAGGAAUAUGUCCAUUUAAUCUCACAGACUUUGCUGGGUUUUUUUUCCUUCUUUCUCCUGAGUGGCUACUGUCAGUGUCUCCCGCGUCGAUAAGGAUGCGACUAAUCGAAGGGAUCGUCGAUUGGACUUCCAGCAGGUGAUCGCCUGGCAAGUGGAGAGUCGCCUCAGAUCGAGGCAGGAGUGCUUCCAGUUUGAUUCCAUUUCCCACGUUAUCAGAAAUCCUCCGCCGGUCGUCGGCUAACAUGCACUAGGCCAGCUGACACGCCGGGAUACUAAACCGCCUCCACUUGCAGAGGAUUGGAGAGGCACGCCAUCCAGCUGUGUGGAUACAUAGAGGACAAAUCGUCAACCCUCCCCGAGGCCCCCACCUCCCGCCUUUGACCCCAUGCGUGCUGGGAAUCCAGGUGACCGUUUCAGGCUGAACUUCUGAAUGAAGCUUUAGUCCCCAGAGCUUCCAGAGGCCCCGUGAUCCGUUCUCCGAGGCCGGGCGCUUUCUACCUGGGCUGCCGGCCAGCCAGACGGCCCUCUGGGGGAGUUGGGAGGGGGGGCGGGCAGGAAGGCAGGCAGGCGGAGGCUCUUGUUGGAUUUCGGAGUUCCUGCUCCACGUGGGCUCCGCUGGAGACGGGCGGGAGAAGGACACCAUGGGGUGCUGUAGUGGCAGGUGCACCUUGGCCUUCAUCUGUGGCAUGCAGCUGGUCAGUGUGUUGGAGCGUCAGGUGAUAGAUUUCCUGGGCUACCAGUGGGCUCCCAUCCUGACCAACUUCCUACACAUCAUUGUAGUCAUCCUGGGACUCUUCGGCACGAUACAGUUCAGGCCAAGAUACGUCACUGGGUACGCCGCCUGGCUCGUGGUGUGGAUGACCUGGAAUGUUUUCAUCAUUUGUUUUUACCUGGAGGUUGGAGAUCUGUCCAGGGACUCUGACCUUGUCCUGACGUUCAACCUGUCCAUGCAUCGCUCCUGGUGGAUGGAGAAUGGCCCAGGGUGCAGGGUGACACCUAUCACCCCUCCCCCGUCCUGGGCACCCGAGGACCACCGAUAUAUAUCUAUAUCUGGCUGUCUGAUGGAUUUCCAGUUCAUAGAGGUGGCUCAUUCCUCGCUGCAGAUACUGCUGGCUUUGGUGGGAUUUAUCUACGCCUGCUACGUGGUCAAGCUCAUUUCUGAAGAGGAGGAUAGCUUUGAUUUUAUAGGAGGGUUCGACUCAUAUGGUUAUCAGGGGCCUCAGAAGACCUCCCACCUCCAACUACAACCCAUGUACAUGUCAAAAUAAACCCAGAAGAUUCUCCAGGAGUGCUGCCUUACCAACGACCCCUGCUUAAAAUCCUGCUUUUACUAUACUCCAUAAAUAAACAACCACAGAGACACAGACAAGAAGACGGGGACCAGACGACAUUCUGCGAUUCAACUUACAAAUCCCCAAAAUACUCGGGUCAGGUGAUGUCUCCCUGUGUGUCUGCUGGUUUUAAAGGAGUUCCUGAUGAAACACUGGCCUCGUGUGGUUGAAGAUGAUAACUGCAGGAAAUGUUUGUUUUUUUAUUAUUAUUAUUAUUUUUUAUUUUUUUUGGUCAUACCCAACCUGGAGCCAAUGGCCUGCUUCCUCUGUUGUGCUGUUGGGUAUCUGGAUUGUGAAAGGAUGCAAAGAGGCCCCGACUCUUUGGGUGAAGUGUUUCCUCAGGCUUCCAGUGAGACCUCUCGGAUUUCUGCUGUAAAAAAAAACAAAACAAAAAAACAAAAAAAAAAUGUCAAUGUUGAGCUUAAGUGUUCUAACAACUCUCACAUAAGCCUGACCAAAGAGUUAGAAAAAAAAAAUAACGAAAACCAAGCUACUAUAUCCCUGUGUACACAACAGAUCCUGCUUCUUCUGCUCUUGGUGCCAGGCGCACUGGACUUCCAAACCGAGAACCUACAAACAACCACUACCGAUAGAGGAAUGUUAGACGUGUUUUUAUUAGAACCACUUUCCGGCGUGUUGGGAUCUCGAGGUGGAAACUCGAUACGUGUCUCGCACACGCUUUGAAUGUGAACUAACAGCGAGACGUGUCGAGCUCAGGCACCGAGGACGUCAACACACCCUUGUAACAGAUCUAACCACUUCACUUUUUUUACUUCUAAUGUGAAUCUUAAUGUUUACAAUACAAAGUCUGUCGAUCUGACAAAAAAGAGGCUGAACGCUCGAGUCACAGAUGCAACAGGUACGUAGACCUGCAGAGUGGGAGACGGACUUUUUAGCUGCAGCAUCCCAAAGGCUUGUUUCGGGUUGUUUCUGUAGAUAUUAGUAGAUUAUUAGAGACAGGACGGGUUGAUCCAGGUGCGUCUUUAGGCCUCUUGCUGUCUAAAUAUUUUUGUCUUCCACCCAAGACAGACACACAGAGGGAGAUAGUGACAGAACAGAGACAAGAGAGUGAGGUCAGGCAGCAGUUUCCCAUCUGCCUCUUCAAGACGCCACAUCUCUCAGCGGGCAAGCUUUUCCUUUUUUCCCCCUAAUUAAUUACAUUCUUCAAAAAUGCUGGAAUCCAGAUAAAGAAUCCAAUCAGCCUUAUCACUCGCAGUAUCCAGCUCUUCUUAUUAACCGAAGCAGCUCGUGAGAAGGAAUCUUUGCGAAAGAAAACACAGCACCCCUUAGAGAAACGACAAUCACACAGUCAGAGUGGCCUGAGCCGUGUCUCCAAUCUGGAGUUUGAUAUUUUUCUGACAAAGGGGGGAGCUGGGUGCAAAGCCGGAGAAGGAAAUCCACCCCAAAAUGUCGAAAACGCUAGUCGUCGUCACGUGGGGGAGCGGAGGAGCCUCUGAAUUCUGUUAUUUGAUUCCCCAUUUAUCGUUUUAAUUUAUGUGCAUUUUUUCCCAAACCGCCGGUGAACGCUGAAGCGGAGGCCGAAUCCUCGACAACACACUGAACGCGUCCGCCCUCGCCGGCGGUCUAAUGAGGACAGAAAUUAUGCCGGGGAAAUGCCAGAGAGACGUAGCAGCUCGCCCCCUAUCACCUCACCGCUCGAAUUUUAAUGUUGAAAGUGCCAACCAUAUCACCGCGCGGAUUUCUGUAGCACUGGUUUCCGAAAGCCUCAGACCAAAAAUAAUAGGUCUCAAGUUUACCUGACUAAGAAGAAUACCACAGAUAUCACAAAUCAGAACGGAAUUGGCAUUCUAGACAUCCAACAGGUUUCUUUUUGCUUUUUUUUUUUUUUUUAGUUCAGAGAAAAUCAACUGAAUCCUUCUGGAAAUGUCAUUGAACUUGUUGGAUUUUUGUUGCAGUCCCUGGAUCAAAAGUUUGAGGCUUUCUGCUUCUACUAAGCAACACUACCACCGACUUCUCUUUGUGUAAAGACAAACUAACAGACUCUUCCCCUCUACAAACAGAUCUCAAAGUCCACCUCCCCCCCGUUUUUUGUUGGUUAUCUUCAGCAGUCUUUUAUAACAAAACUCUGUGGGUUGCGUUCAGAGUCGCUCCGGAGGACGGCGACGGCAGUUUGUGUGUUUGCAUGAGGUGUUUCCAAACCGUUGCAUAUUUAAUCUCAUGCCGCGUGUGACUAACUAGCUACUUAAAACGGGAACUGUUUGGUUUGUUGAAUGCUCCGCAGCUCUCUUCAGAGUCCUAAAUGUGAACUUUGUGUUUUUUUUCUAUAAAUAACACCGUCUGAAAUGUCUGCCGAGUAAAGGAGAAAAAUAGCUACUACGAUGUAAAAACGAUGAAAUGUAACUUUGAACUUCUAGACGUUUUUUAUUCACGUGUGGCCGUGUUUACUGUUUUUUCUAGUUGACUAAUAAUGUAUGAUGUUGUGUAUAAGUGGGACUACUGUGUUUUAUUUCUUCUUACUGUACAGUGUAUGUGAAACGAGAGGGUACGAGGACGAGGUGGAAAGAGAAUUAGUUGCACUAUAGCCUUUAAGUAUGUCAUGAACCGUUAUGUCAGGGCCAGAAAUUCACUUUCACUUCAGAACAAAGCCAACUUUACAGUAUUUAUUUGGGGUUGAUUCACGUUUUAUUAAUUAAACGGCAUCGGAUUAUGUAAUUGGUUUCCAAAAUUCAAACGCGGGGAAAAAAAACAAAAAGGGCGCCGCGCAUACGCUGUUUUGAAGCUCAGCUGAAAAAGACGAUCAGUUGGGAAAUGACUGAACUGAAAGUGAAUUUAUUCCUCAAUUUAUUUGUCUUUUGUGGAGUAAAUCGACUUAACAUAAGCUGACAUUGUGUACGCAUUACCAAUAAUUUAGACAGUCCCAAUUUUCCACACUUGACAAGCAGCAAAAGGUUUAACAGGUCGGAGAAGGAUUUCAGAAAUAUAACGUCACCCCAGUGUGUGUGUGUGUGUGUGUGCGUGUGUGUGUGUUUGUGUGUGUGUGUGUGUGAGUGAGUGAGAGAAACUGUGUGCCUACAUGUGGGACUAGACUAUGUACUGCAGUACAUUGAUUUCUGUGUCAUGGUGAACGUUACAGCGUUCAACCCAGAUCCUGCAAAAAAAAACAAAAAACAACUCCCAUUUAAACUGAAGGAAAAACUCUUUAAAGAGCAAUAAUAAAGUUAGUGGUAGAUUAUAAAGUACCUACGGCUACACGGCUAACUUCUUCUUGAUCACACUUUGGAACAGUACGCAGAGAAUUACAGAUUUGAGGAGGAGCAAGGAAUCAAACUAUUACUUAAGCUGCAAAAAAAAAGACUAUGCUUCUCUCAGACAAUGGAUUCAAGAAAACAGAUUUCCUUCUGUUCAGUACGAAAUUAGAUUAAUUUAAAACAUAAAACCCAAUGAUUACAACACAUUUAGCGACUAUUCUCAUUGUGCGUCUAUUCAGGAAUGUCCCACUGACUAACUGGAAGUAAAGAUGUCGGGUCUUUCUCUGUGGCUCUGGGUUGAUUUGUCAAAGUUCACCGCUGAUUAGAACCGUGUGUUGAUUUAACUCCUUCUCUUUUUAUGAUGGUUUUCCCACAGGUGACUGACUGUACAUAAACUAGACAGCUGGGAUUAAACUAGAGCGUGGAGAAGGAACGUC